AUGGAUGCGGACAGUCCCGCUCCACGUGAAGAGCCUACAAGCUCUUCCAAGGACACAAGCCGUGAAUCCACGGCCAAGCGGACCAGCAGUGAGCCAAGCAGUCCGAGCACAAAGGCUCAAAAGCCGAACAAGAAAGGCGGUGAAAAGCGAGCCGCCGAACGACCCCUUGAAGAAAUUGUCGAGGAUGACCUGCUCAAGGAGCUGAUGGGUUCACUGCCUACUCUCCACGAGGAACUGCCUCUGGAGAAGGUAAAGGCGGCCCGAGGCCGCGAGCUUGACAAAAUGGUGGAACACCAAGUGAAGAAGUGGGUAGACGGCUGGAAGCCCCUGCCUGGUGAUGAGAACGGAGUUCGGUCCAGGUGCGUUGCACAGGAGAUCAACAACUACGCUCGGGACGACGUCUCCAGCGGAACUCCGCCCCUCAAGGCACACCGCAUGGUCCUUGCACACGCGGCCACGCGACGGCCUGAGGAAGGUGAGAACCGAAAGCUGAUCGGCCGGUACGACGUGAGUGUGGCAUUCUCUCAUGCUGAGUCUACUGGCAAGAUAGCUGUUGUGCCACCAAAGGACGUGGACGAAGGCCACCUUUGGUACUUGCUGAAGGCAAUGAAUGGCACAAGGGAAGCGUCAAAGCAGUGGUCGCUGAAGAUCACAAAGACCAAGCGAAAGCACGGCUUUCUGGAGAUUGCCAACGUGCCCGGACUGUUCUACCAUCCGGUGCAUGACUUGCUUGUGUCGUGCCACGGUGACGACUUCCUAGCAUCAGGCACCAGGGAAGCUCUUUACUUCCUGGACGCCAUUAUGGUGCAAGAGUACGAGACAAAAGUACUCCCGCACGUUGGUGCUCUUGAGCAUGGAGGUCAUUGCCGCGAAGGCUACCAUCUGCAUCGCAAAAUCACAAGGAGCCCGAAGGGGUAUUCAUGGGAGGCAGAUGGUAAGUACGCUGAGGUCCUGGUUUCUAAGCUGGGACUCCAGGGCGCGAAGGGUGUGGACGCCCCCGCCAGUAAGGACUGUGGCAAGUCCGACCGAGACGCUGAGAAAGAGCUCUCGGCUGAGGAAGCAAGCACCUUCAGGAAGCUUGCCGGCACCGCACUGUACCUGUCGCUGGACAGGCCGACUAUACAGUUCGCGGUCAGCGACAUCACCUCUAGGAUGGCACGUCCGUUGCGCCUGAACAUGCACCGGCUACGCAGGCUGGGCCGCUAUCUCAUCAAGCACCCGAAGGAGGUGUGGAACUUCGAUUUCCAGAUGGCUCCGAACGAGCUGGUAGUCUACACAGACUCAGACUGUGACUGGGCAAGCGACACCCGAACCCGCAAAAGCAUGAGCUGCUAUGUGGAAAUGUUCGGGAAGCAUAUGAUUGAAGCAUCGUGUGCCCGUCAGGCCACUGUUGCGCUGAGCUUGGGAGAAGCUGAGUUCUAUGCGCUGACCCGAGGCAUCGCAGCUGCCUUGAUGUCCCAGCAAGUCUGGGAGGUGAUCAACUACACGUUGCCGGUGGUUGGGAGGACAGACUCCACCGCGGGAAAAGGGAUAGCCCACAGGAAGGGCUGUGGAAAGGUUAAGCACCUAUCCAUCAGAGAGCUAUGGCUCCAGGACUAUGUCCAAAAGGGCAAAGUCAGGAUCUAA